AUACAGUAACUGAAUGGACUGUAGCCAUUGUUACAUGAUGAACAGAAGGUUCAUGGAGAGCCGUGGUUAUAUUUACAAGAGCACCCUGGGAGAAGGGAUGUUUGGCAAAGUUGUGAGAGCACAGGCAACCAAACUGAACAGAACAGUUGCCAUAAAGAUUAUUGACACAAAAAAGGUCAAUUAUUCAGAAAAGUUCCUGUCUCGGGAAAUGGAGAUCAUCAGGUCUUUGAACCAUCCCAACAUUGUUAAGACUCUUGACAUCUUUCAGUCAAAGACAAACACGGUCUAUGUGGUAAUGGAGUUCUGUGUGAAAGGAGACCUCUUGAAGCAUAUCAAUGUCAAUGGGGCCUUACCUGAACAUUCAAGCUGCAGGCUUUUCACACAGCUGUGCGGGGCUGUCCAGUAUCUUCACAACAAGGAUGUGGCCCACAGAGACCUUAAAUGUGAAAACCUGCUGCUGGACACAUUUCACAGCCUCAAAGUGUGUGACUUUGGGUUCAGCAAAAGGCUCACUUACACAGAUGGGCAGAUGGUCCUGAGUGAAACCUACUGUGGCACCUCGUCCUAUGCAGCACCGGAGAUUUUGCGAAGUUGUCCAUACAACCCCAAGGUGUCUGAUGUGUGGAGUAUGGGAGUUGUGCUGUAUAUGAUGCUCUAUGCAUCAAUGCCCUAUGAUGCAUCCAAUAUUAGGAGGAUGGUGGAAAUUCAAAUUCAGCAUAACAUAAACUUCCCAAGCAUUCUGUCUGUUUCAUCUGAGGCCAAAGACCUCAUCCGAAGCAUUCUGCACCCUGUUGUGGAGCAGAGGAUCACAAUCAGCAACAUAUUACAGAGCUCUUGGAUUUUGAGGGAAGGGAGAAUGGAGGAUGGUGAAGAAGUCUCCACAUCAUACGCUGGCUCUACACAGGAAGGACCGCCAGAUGAAAAGACCAAAGAGGAUAAGGAACAUUCGAAAGACAAUUCAGAUCCAGGGGAAGGACCGUCAACUCCUAAUCCAAAUCCAUAAUGUCACAUUGAAAUUAGAAGCUAACUAAAUUUAAAAUAAAUGCAUUUAUAGACACACUCUGUGAAA